GUCAGGUCAGCAACAUCUAUGUGUGUUUUUAAUACCAUGGUUUGAUUUUUUGUCAUGUGAUGAUAUUUGCUGUUAUGCGGGUCGGUUGGAUAAAGUGACUGGUAGGGACAUGCAGCAACUGACUGUCUAGCUGCAUCUUGCUGUCUAGCUGCAUCGGGGAAUACGCAUGUUGCUGGGAAAACAAGUCUCUGUGGAAUUGAAUACCACACUGUGAUAAUACGAUGAACGGGCAGCCCUCUAUCAUAUUCGAAAACAAGAACCGCAUCUCUUCUGAAGACAGCAUGGAGGCAAGUUUUCAAGCCAAACACGAGCGGCCAUUUCGAGAGGUUUUUAAUGAGUUUGGAGAUACCACUACAUUCCACGGACUUCGUUACGUCACUAACAAUUCCAAUCAUUAUUUCAGAAGGUUGAUUUGGACUGUGGUUGUCCUUGCGAUGACAACAUGGCUCAUAGUGAACAUCAUAGAUGCUCUGAUAAUAAUGAACAAGCACGAACAGACAAGCACAAUCUCUAUUAACUACGUAACAGACAUGAAAUUUCCUGCGGUGACCCUAUGUAACUACAACCAGUUUAGGAAUGGAUUGUUGUCCGAAGAGGCCAUUGCGACCUUAGGCUUGGUGUACAGUACCUCACCCACAAGACUCAUUAACAGAGAUGUUGACCUGACUCCACUUCAGGAUGAGUUCGAUAACUACAAUGGUGGGACUAUAGACUUCAUUAAGAACCUAUCCCAUCAGAUCGAAGACAUGGUUGAAGAUUGCUCGUGGAGGAGCCGACCAUGCUCUCAUCUUAACUUUACCCAGCAUGUUCUUGACCAUGGGGUAUGUUACACCUUCAAUAACCCCGUGGAUGAAGAUGAUAUUUUGACGGUGAAGAAUCCUGGCAGUAGGAAUGGUCUUUAUUUACGUCUUAACAUCCAACAUGAUUUAUAUACAUUUGGGGAAAACACUGGCGCUGGGAUAAAGGUGGCAUUGCACCCGCAAGGUACGUUACCCAUCAUUAAGGAACUUGCGUUUUCGCUAGCACCAGGAUUUGAAACUCUUGUUGCGGUGCGGGAGAAAGUGAUCAACAGUCUCCCGACGCCUUUCAGAGAUAACUGUACCAACACCAACUUCACGGAUUACCCGUUUAAAUAUUCCGUACCAGCAUGCAAUUUCCUCUGCAAGGUCCGGUACGUCAUAGAACAAUGUGGUUGUCGUGACUAUAGAUGGCCCGCAGGACCUGAGCCGAUCUGUUCCGUGGAAGAUCAAGUGUAUUGCAUUUAUAAAAAUGAAGGUGAAUUUUAUGAGAGGGGCAUUUCGUGUGACUGUCCUAUCUGUUGUACCACUAGGCAAUAUGACAGUCAGACUUCGCAAGCUUACUGGCCUAACGCCAACUUAUUGGCAACAUAUAAUCUAUCGGAGCAAGAAGUCAGGCGAAACUAUUUGGAUGUGUACAUAUUUUUUGAGGAGAUUAUGUAUACGAUGGUGACACAGAGCGAGGCAUACACACUAGCCAAUUUACAAGGUGAUGUUGGUGGCUACAUGGGUCUCCUUUGUGGUAUGAGUCUUAUCACAUUAUUUGAAUGGGCAGACUUCGUCUUGCUCAGCCUCUUGAAGAGGUUUCGGGAACCAAGAAGGCCUAUGUCUUCAGAAAAUCCGGCUCUGUAAAGAAUAUAGAAAGUGAAGCGUUAUAAACUUGGGAUUUUGUAAAUAACAGCAGUUCAUUUUAUUUUAAAUCAGAAUGGUGAAAAGAUUGAUGUGAUCGAACUCUUAUUUUUGUCCUUAUACUUUCAUAAUUGAUGUUGUUUCAUUACAAGCAUUGCUUACUCAAUUGUACUGUGUAGUCUACAUGGGUUAUAACUGUAUUAUUUGGAACAUGUAUAUAUUAUUGCCUGUUUUUACAUUGUUACUGUGUAUCAACAAUAAACCUUGAAAAACCUAGUAUAGUGACCACAACUUAAGAAAAAAAUAUGUUUCAAACCCGCGAACACUUCAGAAAUAAUAAUUGUCUACCAUGUUUUACUAACGAUUGUCAACGUUGACGGCGCACAUCUCUCUCCACUAGAACUUGUUUGCAAACGCCCAUAUGACAAGAGACAACACCGGAGAUUGAGUUGUGCAGAAAUUUUGUCUGAUAGUGCCCUCUUUGGAGCAUCUUCCUUUAGUCAAUUUAUUUUGAUCUCUUGGCCGGACACAGGGGGACAACAUAUCCCUUAUCCGCCAACCACUUUGCUAUUUACUGUUGUGAUUAACUCUAAAAUAAUGUGGAAGUUUGACUCCUCGCGACACAAAGGUACAUAAAGUAAUUACAAAUAUUAUGUAGAUAAUUAAAUGAAGCAAGGAGGUUUCAUCCCAAGGGAAAUAAUCAUGUGUUUUUGUUGAGGAUAACCCUGCCCCAUCCUUGUUGAUGAAAACUGCAAGUCUGAAAAUUAAUAAUAAUACUAACAAUAAUAACCCGUUUUAGCGUUUACAAAGCGCUUCACAUUAUUA